AUGGCUGCGGCUACGCUAUCAACCAAGCAGCGAAGAAAGACUAACAUGUACGAAAAUGGUAACGCACUGCAUCCAACAAAGAAAAUGCGACGACAGACGGUUAUUCAAAACGAUAAUUUGGUACCAGAGCGACCUACAUAUCACGACAACACACAUACUGUACCACCCAAAACAAAUGACGUCGCUUUCGACAUCUACUCACGUCUACCCCGCGAGCUUCGCAACCGUAUAUACACAUUCUGUGUGGAGGGAUCUUACGACAACGAUGUCAUAGUGCGACGGACUGCAGUAGACGAUACUCACCGCUUCGCCUACCUCAUCCGAGAGCCUUGUGGACAACACUCAUAUCAAUGGGUCGAGGACCCCUUGACUGCCUGUCUGAAAAGGGAAGCUCUGGGCGGAGAUGUUGCUCGAGAAAUGCUCGAGAGCUACUAUUGGACGCGUACGUUCAAAUUCGCUCACCAUGAGUUAUGUCUGCUCGGACCUUUUCUUCGGACCGACGUGUUUGGAUUGGGCAUAAUCCCAGCCCAUUACAUCAGGCGUUUGCAGAUACAGAUCCGGCCUCUUGACUUUGCAUUCCUCUUGCCAGCCCAGCGACGUUCCGAAGAGGAGCAAUGUUGUAAAGCGGUCGAGGCACUUGCUGCAAUCCGUACGACCCGCACUGACAUCCUUAUCGAGCUCGAUGAAGCCCAAGACUCAUUGAGCGAUGCAGAGUACAAGCAUUUCUCAAGCGAGGCUGCCCAAUUUACGCUCAAAUUACGGAGUGUGGUAGAGACCUUGAGGGAGCAAGGACUGCAUAUAAUACAGACCAUGGGAACCUAG